CUAUUAAAUUUACAUUUUCCGCCACACUUCAUCUCUCCCACUAGUCUCUCCUCGAGACUCUCUCUGUAUGUGUGCGAGAAGCGAGAAGCGAGAGAGAGAGAGAGAGAGUUGUUAGCUCACACGCUUUCUCUAUUUUCUCGGAAUUCACAAAACAGAAAGUUUCAUCCUUUACGAGAAUUAAGCCGAAAGAAACAAUCUUUGAGUUUGAUUUCUUCUUCCUUCCUUCUCUCUCUCUGCUCUAAUGGAUUCCAGAGACAUCCCACCGUCACAUAACCAGCUUCAACCACCACCGGGAAUGUUAAUGUCUCAUUACCGUAACCCUAACGCCGCCGCUUCACCAUUAAUGGUUCCCACUUCCACAUCUCAACCGAUUCAACACCCUCGUCUUCCUUUUGGCAAUCAACAACAAUCUCAAACGUUUCAUCAGCAGCAACAACAACAAAUGGAUCAGAAGACUCUUGAAUCUCUUGGAUUUGGUGAUGGAUCACCUUCUUCUCAACCGAUGCGAUUCGGGAUCGAUGAUCAGAAUCAGCAACUGCAAGUGAAGAAGAAGCGAGGAAGGCCGAGAAAGUAUACUCCUGAUGGUAGCAUUGCUUUAGGUUUAGCUCCUACGUCUCCUCUUCUCUCUGCAGCUUCUAAUUCUUACGGUGAGGGUGGUGUUGGAGAUAGUGGUGGAAAUGGAAACUCUGUUGAUCCACCUGUUAAACGUAACAGAGGAAGGCCUCCUGGUUCUAGUAAGAAACAGCUUGAUGCUUUAGGAGGAACUUCAGGAGUUGGGUUUACACCUCAUGUCAUUGAAGUGAACACAGGAGAGGACAUAGCGUCAAAGGUGAUGGCUUUUUCGGAUCAAGGGUCAAGAACAAUUUGUAUUCUCUCUGCAAGUGGUGCAGUUUCUAGAGUGAUGCUUCGUCAAGCUUCUCAUUCUAGUGGAAUCGUUACUUAUGAGGGACGAUUUGAGAUCAUUACUCUCUCAGGCUCAGUCUUGAAUUAUGAGGUAAAUGGUUCCACCAACAGAAGUGGUAACUUGAGUGUGGCUUUGGCUGGACCUGAUGGCGGCAUCGUAGGUGGCAGUGUAGUUGGUAAUCUAGUAGCUGCAACACAAGUCCAGGUGAUAGUGGGAAGCUUUGUUGCAGAAGCAAAGAAACCGAAACAAAGUAGUGUUAACAUUGCUCGGGGGCAGAAUCCUGAACCGGCUUCAGCGCCGGCUAACAUGUUGAACUUUGGAUCAGUCUCUCAAGGACCAUCGAGCGAGUCAUCAGAAGAGAAUGAGAGCGGUUCUCCUGCAAUGCACCGUGACAAUAAUAAUGGGAUAUAUGGAGCUCAACAACAACAACAACAACAACCUCUUCAUCCUCAUCAGAUGCAAAUGUACCAACAUCUUUGGUCUAAUCAUGGUCAAUAAAAUGAAGCGGAAAUUAAUUUGUUUCCGUUUUGGUUACGGUUAUGGUUUGAUUUCUUGUUGUUGUUUAGGCAAAUCUUAAGAAGAUUCAAGCUUCAUGGUUUUUUGUAGCUUUUUUUUUUUUUGUUGGGGGUUUAUUAGAUAACAUAUAGAGAGAUCUAGAUAUUAGGGUCAUUUUAAUUUUUUUUUUUUUUUUUUGGGGGUUAAUUCUCUGUGAGUUGAUUUGAAUUAGAGAUAAAAGUCUGAGAUUCCUUACUAGAACAAUAUAUAUAUUCCACAUUAAAAUAUUAUUUGUUUUCACAAAUUUUGUAAUUAUUUUUAAAAAAAUUCAAUAUACCGUAGUUCUUUAAUCCAAAUUAUUUUAAAAUGUUUUUAUAUCCCUUAGAAAGUUAGAAAGAGCUCAGCUGUUGGAUGUGAUUUAAAGAGAUGAUGACACGUGUGAAGGUUUAGCAAGCUAAUAAGCUCCUCCCGAGAUCUACUGUUGAUAAAGCUGCCUCGUGUUGAUAUAACGAGCCAUGCGAUUAAAAGAGAAAGGUACUUCAGAGUACCUCAGAUGUGGGAAUCAUGCAUAUCAACAACAAGCUCAUCAUCAUCAUCAUCAAGUGCAGUCGAUCCUACUCGUACUCUGGCCUAUGUGUUACCACAGCCAAUGUUUAGACCAUAGAGCUGAGAGUAACGACUGCAACCAACUUUCA